ACACACACAUGUCAUAUGACAUUUGUUGAUGUUUUUUGGGGGGCAUAAUAUAAACAUUACAAAACAAUGACACAAAGAUUUCCGUAUUAUAAUCCUACCAUGCCUAUGAUACCGGAACCACCAAGAGUUGUUCCCAUUCAACCAUGGAUACAAGAUGAUUCAAUUGAUAUGGAUCGAAAUCAUCUGACUACAACAAUUCAUCCAUGUAAAGAUACAUUGAAACAAUUGAGAUUAAAAUUUGGUAUCAUCACCGACAACGAUAAUCGAAUAAAUCCUGAUGAUUCGUUGAUUGAAAAUAUAAAAUUAAUCGAUUUGAAUAACGAUAAUACAACGACAAAAUCAACAGACAACAAAUGUUGUCGACAUAAUAAUAAUGAUCUUCAAAAUCAAUUAAAUAAACUACAGAAUAAUUUACGAAAUCAAUUGAUCGAAUUACAAACAUCGGAUGAUGAUGAUCAUGAAAAAUGUCCUGGAUCAACAACACCAAAACAAUUACUUGAAUAUAUACGAAAACAAGAUGAACGAUUAACGAUGAUUAAUCAGAAAAUAGAUCAAUUAUUACAGUUACAAAAAUCAUUAACAAUUGAACAACAACAACAACAAAUCGAACGUUCUGUACAAACAACAACAACAACAACAAUACAUCAAAAACCAAAUCAUCAUCAUCUGAAAAAAACAUCACUUUCAUCGGAAGAAUCUCCAUCUUUAUCAUCAUCAUCAUCAAUGAAUUCAUCGACAACACAAAAUUAUCUUGAUUCUAGUAUUGAAAAAAUGCGUAAAGAUUUAUAUGACAGCGUUCGAUUAAAACGUCAUCACCUACAGCAGACUAAAGUGAAACAAUUUCUUCAAAGUCCACCAUCCAAUAAACUAACGACGAACAACGAUGAUGAUCGGGUUGAAAAAGUAGAUGAAUUCAACUAUACAACAAUGUUAUCGGAGGUUAAUUCAAUUUUAGUUCGAAAUGGAUCCGUUUCAACCAGUACACCAAUGUCGAAACCAAAACGGCACCAACAACGUCAACAACAACACCAUCCACGACAAUUAUUACGUACGGAACAAUCUAUUUAUAUUCAACGAUUAGCAUCAAAAUAUUGUAUGGAUGAUAAUGUGGCUGAUAACCAAACAACAAAGAUCGAUGAUGAUGAUGAUGACGAUGAAAUUGUUUUAGAAUCGAUACGAAAAUCAACAAGGAUGAACACUGUAAAAAUGAUCAAACAUGUACAACCACCAUCACCAAAAAUUGAUUAUCAAAAAUUUCAAACAAAUUACAAUCGAUAUGCAUUAUCCGAUCAUAAUAGUUCGAUUGCAACACGUAAUUAUAUGGACAAAUAUGGUCUUUAUAUUGAAACGACUAUGAAUAAACAUCGAAAAUCGUUGAAUCCUAAACAUAAUCGUUAUAAGUCAUCGAUUUUAAUUGAAGAUGUUGAUGAUGAUGAUGAUGAUGAUGAAAACUAUCUUGAUGCCAAAGCUAAUGUAAGCAAUAAUACGGACCUACAAAAUAAUCGAACACCAGCACCACCACCACCACCUGAUCGACUAAUCGAUUUGGAUCUGAUGAAAAAACUGCCCAAAUUGAAAUGAUGAAAUAUUUUAUUUAGCAAGAAAAAAAAAUUUAAAUUAUUUCAAUGAUUGAUUGAUUGAUUGAUAUUUUAAUUUAUUAAAUACAAAUGUGAAUGUGUAUAUAUUAUGGUGUAAAGAAGUGGAACAAAAUAAACAAAAAAAAAGUUUUGUUUUCGA